AUCCAUUCGGUAACCAGACCCAGAUCAAAGUAUUUUGUGAUAUGGAAAUCAACGGAGGGGGAUGGACAGCUAUUCAGAAACGUAGGAGUGGAUCAGUGAGUUUCUACAAAACCUGGGCGGAGUACAAAACAGGCUUUGGGGACCCAGAGGACACGUACUGGAUGGGGAAUGACGUCAUUCAUCAGCUUACAAAGGGACAGAACUCCUCCCUCUACACCUCGAUUACAUUAGACAAUGACACAACUCUGUAUGAACUAUAUCGUAUGUUUUCUGUGUCUGAUGAAGCAGACAACUACAAACUUUUUCUUGGAGGGCCGGCCAACGGGACGUUAGGUGACAGUGUGUUAGACCACGUACGUCCUGACAUUGUGUUGACUGGGGUCUCCUUCAGUACCCCCGACAGGGACAAUGACCAGGGCGCGGAUCGUAGCUGUGCUGCUGUAUAUAAGGGCGGGUGGUGGUUUCAGAACUGUUACAAUGCCUUUCUGAACGGCCCCUGGGCCUCAGCCAGCUGGUUAGGUCCGUGGUAUCCCACAGUGGAAAAUGGCAGAAAUAUCAAAGAGACAACCAUGAUGAUCAGACCUCAUUGAUAAGUGUCCCGUCAAGGUG